UUAAGGUACACUACUGUACGUUCUGCUAAGUGAUUGUCAAUUUGACAGAUAUUGGUUAGUGUUUUGCAAAGUACACGAAAUCACGUGAUGGUGGUUUGGUUUAAACCUAUGGUAGGAUGACCUGCACUCAUAAUAUUCCUUUGGUGUCAUGACAUACACGACUAAUGAUGUCUUUACCAAGGAAGCAUGGGAACAAGGUUAACAUCGAUUAUAAAGCACGGCUCGAACAUAAAUUAUAUCUGGCAAGAGAAAAUCCAGAACCAAUAUUUGAUGUAUCAGAAUGCGCUUUAAAGAAUGUCCCCUCUGGCAUUUAUUCAUUAUGUAAAGUAUUCAGAAAAAAAGUGCUAUGGAUGCAUAAUAAUAAAUUGACUUCACUUUCGGGUGGAGGUGCCUUAAGUGAUUUGUCUUUACUUGUUGUCUUAGAUAUACAUGGAAAUGAAAUUACCAACUUACCGCCAGAUAUAAUGUGUCUUUCUUCACUCAAGGAACUUUAUCUGCAAGACAACAAUAUAAGAAAACUGCCAAAUGAAAUAGUACAUUUAAGUAAAUUGACAACAUUAAAUAUUGCAAAAAAUAAUUUGAAACAAUUGCCGGAGGCAAUCGGUAAACUGAAACUUCUAACUAUAUUAAACAUAAGCCAAAAUAAAUCUCUUCAAAAACUUCCUAAAUCAUUGGGUUAUGCACAACAGUUGACGGAAUUCAACAUUGAUGGAUUAAACCUGUCUUAUCCACCUAAAGAUAUUUUAAAUGGAGGCACAAUAGUAAUUAUAGCAUUUUUAGCAAACGAGAGUGGUACAGAAUAUUCACCAGAAGAGUCUGUUUCAGAAGCAGAAUUAUCCAGAGAUAUAAGUUCUGAGGAUAUGCACACAAUGUAUCAUAAUAAAAAUAAUGAUGUACAGGCAGCAUUACAGAAGCUAGAACAAAUGAAGGAACAUCGACAAAGCGCAUUACUAGCAGUGGAGAAAACUAUUAGACAACAACAAGAAUAUGAAAUUGGAGUUCAAUCUGUGCUAAAAGAACACAAGAAAAAGCUUCUGAAGGAUCUUGCUUUACAGCAAACACAAUUAGAACAAGAAUUAGAAAAAGUUCAGCAAGAAAGGGAUUCUAACAGAGCACGUUUACUUUCCUACAUUUAUAAUGCUGAAAAAGAAGCAGAUAAUGUUAUUAAAGAAUUUUUAAAUAAUAGCGAAGCAGAAAGACAAACUCAAGCUGAAUUACUUGAACGAGAAAAACAAGAAGAAAUGCAAAUACUGUCCUCUUGUCAUUCUGAACAAUUUUUAUUUCGUACCAAAGAUACACUUUUAUCAAUGGAAAAAUUACUGGAAGAAGAACUUCACAGAACCAGAAAGUUGGAAGAACAUAGUAAAUAUAGAGAUUAUGCUGCACAAUCGUUGCUCACAUUAGAAGUAAGAAAUAAUGAUCAUUUAGCACAGAUAGUACAAAAUCAAGAGAAAAACAGACAAAAUUUAGUUGAUACAUUAAGACAAGAUGAAGUCUUACAAAAAGCUGCUGUUGCAGCAUUAUUGGAACGUAGUGAUACACGUUGUUGGAGUAUUGUGCAACAAGUUAACUUGGUGCAAUCACAAUUAGCUGCUCUAACAAACAUUGAAUUAGAGAAAAGGAGACUAGAAAUCAAUCAACAACUUAACGAAAUAGCAGAAAAAAGAGUGGCCUUGAGCUCUAUUCUAGUAAGUUUGUUAGAACAACAGAAAACCAGAAGAGAUCAGCUCUUAGAAACAAUCAAUAAUAUAGAACAGCAACGCUGUAUUAGCAAUUCUAGAAGAAAAAGUCAGUUUUGGUUGAUGCAAUAUCAAUCUCUAAUGGAAGCACGCCCUCAAGGUUUAUUAGAGAUGUUAGAACCUACACUAGUACGACAUGUUGCAAUAGCUGGAGCAUUACACUGUUUACCAUUUUUAGCUUCCUUACCAUCGUUACUUCCAGAUCUUAGCGAUGAACAAUUAAAAAGUAUUGGAAUACAUUGCGAAAAUGAUCGUGCUGCUAUAAGACUUGCAGUUGAAAAUUACAUGGAAGAAGUCAAAUUUCAUGAAUUCAAAACACCUGUAACACCUUCUGCACCACCUGACGAAGCGUGCACGAGUUCCAAUUACCAAGAACAUAACGCCAUUCAGAGUAUUAAUACAGCUGAAUGUGUAAUUUGCCUUGAUUUACAAUGUGAAGUAAUUUUUCUACCAUGUGGACAUCUCUGUUGCUGUUCAGGUUGUGCAAAUAUGGUUUCAUCAGGUUGUCCAAUGUGUAGAAGUGUUAUAGAAUGCAAAGUUCAUAUUGUAAAGCCUUGAAACGUGAAUAAUGCUUUUUGUAUAUAACUUUACUUAGUUUACUUAUUCUUAAUAUUUUGUUAUCGAUAAUAUACGUUUACUGUUUAAGAAUUUGUACGAAGAUAACUAAGUAUGAUAGUAUAUUCACAUAUGUUAGCUAUUCCCAUUUACAAAACAAACAUUCCUUCAAAAAUAUGAAUUUACACUUAUCUGAUGCAACUGCUUUUUAAUUAUACAGUGUGGGACAUAAAUGAAUACUAUAACAUUUGAGCUGGUUCUGAUAAUGUAACAAAAAACGUUUUAAAUGAAAGAUUUGUUUGUAUAAAAUAUUCUUCGUUGGAUACCAAUAAACUUUCAUUUGAAAGAAUUUUUUUGUUAAAUUAUCAAUAACCAAUUAAAAAAUGAUGAUUCAUUCACAAUUCAAGUUGCAUACUUUUUUUCAUGUUUUAUUUUUACGUUCUCUUCGAAAUUUUUAUUUAAAUAAUUUUUUUAAAGACAGUAUUAUCAUAUUAGGUAUAUUGAUUUAAAAACCUUAGCUUUUUGGGUAUAUCUGUGCCAUAAUAAUAUUACUUUAUAUUAGUGAUAUAUUAUCAUCGUAUUUAAAAAUGAUUUUAAUUGUUUGUUUUAUAUAUAAAAUAUACCAAAUAUUUUAAAGGAACCUGAUAGAUCAAAUUGCAUUUAUUAACACUUAACUACAAAUAUCAAUUUUUAUAUAAAACAGUCACUGACAUAUCCACAUAUGUAAUAGCCUUACAAAUAUCAUAAGAAACAUUUUAAUCGGUUAAAAGUGGUUGAGAGUUAAUAAUGCAAAAGGCAAGUUAGCAAACAAGCUUUUAUAAGUGAUAGAAGUGAAUUUUUAUAAAGAACUUUCUUAUAUAAAUGCAGUAUCUUAAAAAUGUCCACUAAUAAAGUAUCGACAUUUUAUUGACUUAUGUGUAUUGUUCAUGAAAAAAUUGUUAAAAUAAAACAAAAUACGUAUAAAAUGUUUUAAAUAAUGUUUAUCAGUCUAGGUUUUUUACAAAAAUAAGCAUCAAAGAAAGUUUAU